AUGGGGCUGAUUUGUCUGGUUCGAACCAGAUUGCCUGUGGAAGGGGCUCAGGCUCUGGGCGCUGUUUAUGCAUUAGCAACAUGGUCUGAGCAGAGUCAUGACUAUACAUGGGAAGCCUACUCGUCCUGGGCAUCAUCAUCGGAUCAAAAAACAGCUGUCGGCUAUGUUCGGAAGGAUUCAUCUCCCCUAAAAGACAGAGUUCAUCAUCGGUGGAGAGCUGGGUUUGCGAGUUUGUCUGCUGAACAGUUGGCUGCUGUUGCGAGUGUUGGUACACUUGUGAUUGGUGUGACUGCUGAGGCUCGUGAUGGGACUGUUGGUCUAUCGGCGACUGGUUCGGUUGGUGAGGCUGCUGAGGCUGCUGAGGCUGCUGAGGCUGCUGGGGCUGCUGCGACGGAAAGAGGGAGGGUUGGCUCUGUUGCAACUGCUGCAGUCCCUGUGGCUGCUGAAGCUGAGAAGUGGGUAGAGCUUGUUGAGGUUGCUGAAGCUGCUGGGACAGAUGAAGGGAGGAUUGGUUCCGUUGCACCUGUUGAUACUGCGCACUACCCCGUGUUUGGUGGUAGGGCCGCAUUGUCUUCAGAGGGGCCUCAGCCUAAUUUUGGUAGCCUUAACUCCAAGUACCAUGAUGAUGCAAUCAAUGUUGGCUCUAACAUGUUGGCUGUGCACGCUAGUAUGGUGGUGAAGCAGCCAGAAAUGGCCCCUGCUCCAUGA